AUGAAAUUUUACGCAUCAAUCUUAAUUUUUAUUGUACUGCUAAGUACACUCUCCCAUGCUGACACAUCUCCGUAUGAUCCCAUCUUCCAUAUUUAUACACCUCAACGCUGGAUCAAUGACCCCAAUGGCCCCUAUCGAGACUCUGUCACAGGCAAAAUCCACUUGUACAUGCAAUACAACCCCCACGGGGCCAUUUGGGGUAAUAUGUCGUGGUAUCAUGUAACCUCGGAUGACUACGUCAAGUGGGUGCGCAGUGAAAGCCUAUCCAUGACCAAUGACCGCUGGUACGACUUACAUGGCGCGUACUCGGGCACGAUGAUCAACAACCAUCUUGGAGACCCCGUUGCUAUAUAUACUUGCGCGGAGGGUGCGGGUGAAGAUCUAGUUUCUCAAGGUAUGCCCGACAUCCAGCGCCUGUGUAUCGCGAACCCAUCCAAAGCCGAUCUUAAGGGCAAACGCACGCUGGACAUCUUCGAGAAGAGCCCGUUCAACCCCGUCUUAAGCGAACUCGACGUACCCGGGCUGGUUCACCUCAACAAUCUUCGUGACCCGACAGAGUUGUGGCCUGAUCCGGCGCAUCCCAAUGAAUGGCUCAUUGCACUUGUUGCACGCGUUAAAGAUGAUGAGGGUGACAAUGCACAUGUGGUUCUUUUCCGCACCGAAGACCCCACGUUUCAGACCGGCUACAAGUUUUCGCACAGUCUUUACAAGUACUUCAAUGAAGAAAUGUUGGAGUGCCCUGAUUUCUUCACUGUGGACACCAACAAUGGAUACUUUCUGAAGCUCACAACAAUGGGCGCACGCCGUGAUUUUAUGGUGUACGGCAAAUACCAGAUGGACAGAAAAAAGAAGCAGUACGUUUAUGUUGAGGACACUGGCCGAACCCCCACGUUCAUGGACUAUGGGCCUUACUAUGCGUCCAAGACCUUCUACGACCCAAUCCUGAAGCGGCGCAUGAUUUGGGGCUGGGUUCCCGAGGAGAUGGAGGAAGAGCAGAAUGUGAGGAUUCAGGGAUGGGCUGGCGUGCAAGUUUUACGUGAUAUCGUCUACGAUGCGAAGCAGAAGCGUCUCAAGUACCCACCAAUACCACAGUUGAAAGCGCUGCGCAAGGCGCGCCUCCUCAGCAAGAGUCUUGCGCUUUCGUCUGACGCUGUCAGUACUGUCCUGAGUCCUGAGGUAGGGACGAUGCAUCUGGAGAUUAUUGCAAAAUUUAAUUUUCCCGCAAACCUUUUUGAUAAUUCUAAGGGAUAUACCAAAGAAAACGCCCCUGAGGUGGGCUUGCGCAUCCGCACUAACGCCGAUGGAUCGGAAUACACAAAUGUGGCAUUGAGGAUGCCGGCGGCUGAAGCCGAUGCAAACAUCUGCGAUGCAUGCACCUACGCGAUAGGGCGAAACACAUCCUUUAAGGUCUAUCCCAUCAAUAGUAAGAAGAAUCCAGUGUUGAAUUGCAGUAAGGAAUGCGCAAAGGAACGCACCUGUAUGUCGUGGGCACUGCAUGAAAUCGAAACUAAAGACAUGGUGCAGUGCUCACUGUACUGGGACCACAGUUCUAAGGUGUCCAUUCCGAAUAAAAUUGUGUCCAGCGGUGUCGUUAAUGAACCGCUUCUAUAUCUGGAACGUAAUAAAUCGGGUACCAUUGGCUACAACUUUCCACUUCACGGUCGUGCCCCGUUGGCAUCAAGCACCGAGUUGGAGCUGCGUAUUUUUGUUGAUAGUAGUGUUAUUGAAGUGUUCAAGGACGACGGUCUGCAGAUCAUCAGCGGCCGUGUGUACAUCCCCGAUGGAGUCGCUCACAGCGGUGUUGCGCUCUACACCCGCAACACGGGUGAUGUUCCUGUCACUGCCAAUAUUCAAGUCUUUUCAAUGAGCAGCAUAUGGAACUAG